GGGGACGCCAUGUUUAUACUGUAGGUGGUGUGGUGCGGGUAUACGUGUGUCCAUUAUUUUCAAGUAAUAACGUUUAAUUAUUUAUUUACACGGUAUAGCGCGGUACGUAAGUGUCCUGUGCGUCGAGUGCAUUACAGUUAAUAUUGUGUGGGAUCACUUUCCGUUAACGGUACACGGAAUAAUCGAAAAGACGCGAACAAUCUAUGACUUAUGGACCUUCGUUUCUGGGAAUUUCUUUGCUACCUCAUAAAUUGUUUACAAGUUGUUCACGCUAGUUUAAGGCUAAACAGAGCAUCGUGAACGUGUUAUUUGUGCUAGGAGUACAAUUUCCUUUUCAGGAAUCGUCCGUAAACGUUGGAUAGACGUAAUGCACCCUUACUACGAGCAUUUGCGUGUUUUAUAACCUGACAACACGUUCAAAAGUUUCUCUGUCUUUAUCAUGUCAUAGCAUCUUUGACAAAAUAUUAAGUGAUUUCUAACAAAAUUAAUGAAUGCCAAAAUGUGGUCUUCGCAAGGUAAUAACUCAAACUCCAAUGCUCCAAAUGAAAGAAAUCUUCGUACAUUGGGUAUGACAUCUGCUAUUAGUGUAGCAGAACCAAAACCUAGUGAUCUUACAAGGACAAAUGAAUUAAGGGAAGCAUUAAAACCUUAUAAUGUAUUUGAAUCAGAAGAAGAAUUAAAUCACAGAAUGGAAAUAUUAAGCAAAUUAAACACACUUGUGAAGCAGUGGAUAAGGGACACAAGUAUUGCCAGAAAUAUGCCACCCAAUGUUGCUGAACUAGUUGGCGGUAAAAUAUAUACUUUCGGUUCAUAUAGGUUAGGGGUACAUCACAAAGGUGCUGAUAUAGAUGCCCUAUGUGUUGUACCUCGUCAUAUCUAUAGGUCGGAUUAUUUUUCAUCCUUCUUUGAGUUACUGAAAAUGCAAGAAGAAGUUACAGAUUUAAGGGCAGUGGAAGAAGCAUUUGUACCAGUCAUAAAAAUGAAUUUUGAUGGUAUUGAAAUUGAUAUGUUGUUUGCAAAACUAGCUCUUAAAGAAAUUCCUGAUACAAUGGAUCUUAAAGAUGAUAUGCUUCUGAAAAAUCUUGAUCAGAAAUGUGUGAGAAGUCUUAAUGGCUGCAGAGUAACAGACGAGAUACUACGUUUAGUACCUAAUAUUGAAAAUUUUCGGUUGGCACUUAGAGCUAUUAAGUUGUGGGCAAAACGAAAUGGCAUAUAUAGUAAUGUGCUAGGGUAUCUAGGAGGUGUAUCUUGGGCAAUGUUGGUUGCAAGAACAUGUCAACUUUAUCCUAAUGCUGUUGCGGCAACGUUAAUAGAAAAAUUUUUCCUUGUAUUUUCUCAGUGGAAAUGGCCACAACCAGUUCUCUUAAAGCAGCCUGACAAUGUUAACUUAGGUUUUCCAGUGUGGGAUCCAAGAGUAAAUAUAUCAGAUAGAUAUCAUUUGAUGCCAAUAAUUACACCAGCAUAUCCUCAACAAAAUUCAACAUUUAACGUAUCAGUUUCAACGAGAACCAUUAUGCAAGAGGCAUUUGAAACUGGGUUGUCCGUAACGGAAGAAAUUAUCAUGGGGAAAGCAACGUGGGAUAAGUUGUUCGAACCUCCGAACUUCUUUGGCAAAUACAAACAUUACAUUGUAUUACUUGCUAGAAGUUUGGCAGCAGAGGAGCAACUUGAAUGGUGUGGGCUUGUCGAGUCAAAGAUACGACAUUUGAUAGGUACACUGGAAAGGAAUCCCCACAUUACAUUGGCCCACGUAAACCCAGAAGCAUUUCCACCGUUAGAGGCAGAACCGGAGGGCCACUGCUCCAUGUGGUUCAUCGGCUUACUAUUUGCCAAAAGUGAAAACUUGAACGUCGAUUUGACAUACGAUAUUAAAUCCUUCGUAGACUCGAUUCAAAGGCAAGCGGAACAAUUAAACAUGUUGAAGGAUGGCAUGUGGAUAGAAGCUAAACAUGUGAAGCGGAAGGAUCUACAUACAUAUGUUUCCACCACUUUACUCAAGCGCGAAAGAAAAGUUUCUGGCAGUGUACAUAAAAAUGGAAACAUUGCUGGUAAUGGAAACAGUGGUAGUGUCUCGCCGCGGAACCCAGGAGAUACAGCGAGUAGGAAGAGAUUAUCGGAUCAGAACCCGGACACGUGUGGAAAGAAACGAAGAGUCAAUGACGCCGAGCCGCAAGUAACACAGGGAGAAGAUGGAUCGUUAGUGGUUCAAUCUUGUGGAGAAGAUAGCAAUUCCGGAUUUAGCUUGGAUGAAUACAAACAAACAUUGACAGCUACAAAGGAUGUAAGACAUUGUACAUAUAAUGAACAAUAAUCACCAUAGAACAAAAUUAGGAUGGGCCUACCGGUGCAUCCACAGUAGCACAGGAAGGAUACGUUUGCACUUGACCACUGCAGGAUUACUACCUCACAUCGAUUCACAGAUGUUCCUCCGGGCCAUCUAGACUGUAAUCACAUCUCAUGCAACCAUCCACUGCCCACUGUAAGUCCCCCGUUUCGUAAAAACAAAGCAACGUCAUGCGUUGGAGAAAGCUACCCGUUGGAAUCAAUCGAUACACGACUGUGUGACAGACGCUCUGAUUUUAGUAUUUAUAAACAUCAACAGUCAAUGAGAACGAUUACGCUACGAGUUAAUGAUUGUGCCAGUGUCUGUGAUGUUACUUUUAUCACACACCGCAUAGCAAUUUGGGAAUUCAUAAUUGAAUAAUUAGAAAUAAUACGAAACUUAAGUCCAUCACUACCCGUUAAUAACUUUAAUUUUAUAUUUCAUUUUGUACAUAUCGCUUGUAAUGAUUUCUAUUUACGAAAUUAUAAACAAAACGAGGAAAAAAUGAUGAAGGUGACGGGUCUGGAAAACAGUUCGUGUUAUCGCGUUGAUACGUCAAUAUAACCAACGGUAUUUUGAUUAGAAAGAAGCCUAUAUUAGAAUUUUCGAUUAAAAGGAAAAAAAUUAAUUAAAAAAAAAUUAUAAAGGUUUUAGUCUUACGAGGAUGAAACGUAUUCUUGUAUAAAAAAAAGCGCAUUUGUUUAAUGCAUUAGUAGAUAAAGUAUAAAAAGAAUGAGGUACGUCUAAGUUGUAAAUAAUUCGUGCACCUUGUUAUUCUCGCGUCGGUGUAAAAUACAUGAAACUAUGUAACUUUGAGUUUGAGAAAGUGUAAUCGUAAUAUGAUAAUAUGUUUUACUUGCUUCAGUUAUUUAGAACAUAUAUUUAUGAUAACAUUACUUAUUAUUAUUUAUAAUAUCUAUGCUAAACGGAUUAUUCAAAUAUCAGUUACUAAAUGGAGCUCAAUUCCGACGCAUACGAUAUUGUUAUACUUUCGCGUAAUCGUAAGAUUCUUUUCUAGUUUUGUAUCGUAUCCGUAACCACUCGGGUAAUGAACGAAAAUCACCGACACUGGCAUGAGAGAUUUAAUGUUUCAUUUACAGAGAACAAAAAAAAAAUGAAAACAAAACAAACAAGCGUCGUAUAGUAUAGAUUCGCUUCAUGGUUACUUAGAAACUAUCUGUAAAUGAAACAUCCCUUAGAAAGCCAUUGACUAUUUUAUUGACGAUCAUAUUACGUAAAUGAGUUUCGUAUUGGAGUCGCUUUUUAGUUUUUAUUCACAGAAACGAACGUAUAGCUUUAACAAUGCAACAAGGGACUGGCAUCUGGAUUUAUCAAACCAUCGAUAUCACCUGUUGGUGAGUUUUUUCAGGUGUUCGACUGCCUUCAGUCCCCUUCAGUUCUAGUUCUGUAUCUUAUACUCCUGAUCCUGAUUUUCGUCUUACGAAAUCCCCUUUUCCUUUCUCGAAUUAUCUUUGUGUUAAAGGCAUGUCGGUCAUCGAAUGUCUCGAGGUAUUUGAUGUUCACUCUCUAAUACAUGUACAGAUAUAUCGAAACGAUAAAUACAUUCGAAUGUAUAGCGACCAUCGUACCGAUGAAUCAAGUAUGCAGACUCCACGAAAUCAAGUACCGCAUUCGAAUACAAUUUUUGUACAUGUACAAAGAAUCUCAGUUCUAUCAUUAACACCACGACACGCCACUUUUACCAUAAAUUGUACAGUUCUUUUUCACCUCAUGCCUACAAAGUUAUUGUCAUCGCACGUCGAUACGUUGCAUAUAUUUCUCGAUCAUAGAUAUUCGCUGUGAGUCUGCACGAUAUUCGAUUCAAGACGCGUUACAGUACUUUGCGAAUACUGUAGUUAAUUUUAUUCAGUGGUCAGGGACCAUUUCGUUGUUUGUACAUAUAUAUAUAUAUAUAUAUUCGUCAUAAUUUUGGAAUAGUAGUUUCUUUCGUUUCAGGGCUUAACCGAUCGUCAUCGUUAUUAGAAUCGGUAUACAUUCUCCUUUCAUGUUUUGAGCCAAUCCAAGUAUAGAGCAACGAAGAUAUUAUACAUAAUAUUAUUCAACCAAUUAAGGUCUAUCGGAAAAUGUUUUUCUUUUCUUUUCUUUUCUUUUCUUUUCUUUUCUUUUCUUUUCUUUUCUUUUCUUUUCUUUUCUUUUCUCUUUCUUUUUUUUUGCGUUAUGAUUUAUUGCCUUAAUUUAUGUUGAAUUCUAUCAUUUUGUUACAGUAACUACUCUGUGACUCGCGAAAUAUGAACAUGAGAAACCUUUCCAAAUCUAGACGAAUGUAGUCAGUGUACCAAUUUUGUCGCGUAAAUUGAGAUCUUCUGGCCCUAAAUAAAUGAGUCUCUUAUGCAAGAAUAUUAUUCAUUCUACGCUCCACUUAGAACGUUUUACCCGGUUGUAUGGACACUAUUCUACAGUAUGGAUUAACGUUCGCGUGGUCAUUAAAUUGGACUUUGCAUCCAAGUACUUUAAUCUUGUAGGAGAAUUUAAUCUAACGGUUGAAUUGUACAACAUCUUUUGACGUAUACAAUACAAAGACGACAAUUGAUCUCAGCCAGAAUGUAACUGGUUAUCUUUCAGAGUAAAAUGAUGAGAAUGAAAGAUCAAAGGUGACCUAAUAAUGGUGCAAUACGUAAUCCUUUCCGAAAGACUUGUUGAUUAAGCGUAGACAUGAUUAAUUGAAAAUUUUAAAUGAGUAUGUUGAGAUGAAGUGACUGAAAAAUGGAAAGUUUAGAUUGUAGAGUUAGGUUUUAUUUGAUGAAAUAUACGUUUCGGGGGCCAAGUAUGUUCGAGAGUAUAUUUUGUCCAGAGCCACGAAUUGAUGAAUGUAUUGGUUUGUAUUUUUUUCGAAAAAUCAUGCCCUUGAUCGAAACUUUUUCGUUUGAAGCGAAUCGAAAUUUAUAAAUGAGAAUAAAAAUCGUGAAUGAUUUUAUUGAAACAGUUUUUACGACGAAGGAGCGUAAGAAAUAAUUGUCUAUAUUUGAAUGGAGGGAUACAAAAUUCUGAGUUGUCUAUAGAUUUUUCGAUCGUUCAAACUCUUUUCUUUGAAAGUUCUUCGUCAUCUAUUAGUUCCUGAAAUUUGUUUUGAAAUUCUAGACUUUAUAAAGAUACGAUAUCUUUAUUACCCUCAAUAUAUGAUUAUUGUCCAAUUAAUAUUAUAGUUAACAUUUUAUCGCCAUAUGAUUUACCUAUUAUUAUAGAUUUAACAAUAGUUAUUAUUAUCUUUAAUAUUACUCUCAAUUAUUGCUAUUAAUAUUUACUUUCCUAAUAUCGAAAUAAAACAUCUGCGAAAAGCAGCGAUACAAGUGAACCGUUGGUUCGAUAUUUCUUUUGAAAGAGGAAACCUGAGAGACACGUGGAUAGUACAGUAAUCCCUUGAUAUAACAACAGAUUUCGUCCUCGAUAAAGCGAUACAAAUCAUCCCCAAACUACUUUUUUUCUUCAAUAAUCGCAAGUCACUCGUCGACUUGUUUAUCUGGAUCAAUAAUGAAAAUUUAAAUAUUUAUAUUUUUAAUAUAUCUUCAUGAGAGUAUUACGAAUGAAUUGGUGAAGUUCUCCCAAUAAAAAUUAACCCAAACACGACAUUCUUCAGAUUAUUUUUAAGUGUAUGCUUUAAAAAAAAUGUCCAGUUAGGUGUAAUUAAACAUAGUUAGGAUGUAGUCGUGUUUGAACCAUUGAUAACAUCACUUUUGAUGACAUAUUGAGAAACAUGAAAAUACAAAUCUUAAUUAGCGAUGAAAUCAUAAAAUUGAGAUGGAAGGAGUUGAUUUCUAAAAUAAAAUUGCUACCUUCACUCGAUAGAAAAACAACCAAAGUGGCAUUAUAUCGAAGGAUUACCGUAUCACGGAAUUUUACUAGCACACAUACGCAGACACACAUGCAUCGAUAAACAGUGAACAUCAAGAUUACCCUCGCACGUAAAAUACCACGUUCUUUCAUAAAUUAAUCGAAAAUUUAGUGGAAAAAAAAGGGAAUGAGAUCGUGCGCUCGAGCUUUAUCCAUGGUUCCCUUCGAACAUCAGGCAGACAUGUCUAUAGCACAUUUUUAAUUUUCCGAUCGGUUCUCGAGACCGUCGCUCUUCAUCUUCGUCGGUGCGGCGUUCUCGAGCCGCCCAAACAUGAACGCUAAGAACGCUAAACGAAACGGUGAAUAUCACGCCCGCGACACACUUCUCUUGUACAAUAAACAAAGAAACAGAAAAUGACAACCAAACAAAGGAAAGGAAUUUAAAACGAUAAAAAAAAAAACUGAAAAAAGUCGAAAAAAAAUGCUGAAGGCAAGGCUGAAAAUAUCUUAGAGACGAACAUUUUCGAAAGAGUGUAGAGUCUCAAAAAUUUCGAUGUAUCGAAAUUCCACGCGUUCUCGAAAUCGAUCAACUUUUCGGUCGUCUAGGAUUCUCGUCGGACGUUAUCUUGUAUCAUAUACUGUUUCUCCAUUUUGUCCUCUUUUUAUCUCUGUCUCGAAUGCAACGUGAAAAGACCUCAAAACGAACGACUCUAGUGAACACAACUUGUUUCCAUACUAAAUACAAAUACACACACACACACACACACAAAACUGCACUAGGCGCGUAUGCACACGUAUACACCGCGCGUACAUUCAUGUACAAGAGACACACCGUACACAGAGACGGACGAUUUUAUAUUGGAACAAAUGGAAGCGCCACGAGCGCAUCGUGGCUGCGUGUUAACAUGUGAACGUGAGUCAUUUGUCUGAAUGAAAAUAAACGACAUCGAAUACAUUACCAUGUGUUUAUGUGGUUGUACAGCAUACGAGUGUCACCGAACGGUCCUCUGCGCCCCGUGCAAUGGUAUGGAUCCAAUUUUUAAACAUAAUCGUACCUUACUUAACGGUUGACCAGAGUCCAAAAGAUGGGCAAAAUUUUCGUUUCUUUCAUCACUUUUUUUUCGUCAUUUUUCGUUGUUACACAAAAUCUCGAGUGUGGUGUACCGACUUGGACAACGUUUUCCCGUUGCUCGCAAGUUUUCUGGAACGACUCGUUAAAAAUCGCUCCAUACCAUGGCGUGUUGUUGCACAUCGCGUUUAUUGGCUCGAAAAGAUCCUUCCUCCGAAAGCACACUGUUAUGGCCGGGCAAAUGAAAGAAUCGACUUGGUUAAGGGGUGUGUUGUACGCGAUACAGGUACAAUUAGGUGGGUGGUCUUCCAGAUCAAUUUUUUGAUUUGCUGAACCCCAGGUGCAAUCAGCACAGGGCCACAGGACGCGAAGGUGUACCGCGAAUAUCGUAUGCGCGUUAACUGUUAUUUCAUUGGUAGGAUCGAGGUCGUUGUAAACGUAGAACGACGGCAGGGUCCUCGUGCUUCGACGUUGCAAUAGAGACGAUUGUUUCACCGAGAAGCACGGGUUGUAUGCAUAAUUUGUAUCCCCCCGGCAGCUGUACACUCUGUAUCUUUCUUGAAUAAACCGAAAUAAAUUUUUCUUAUAAUUCCUUCAGCCAAAA